CGGGUUGUCUUGGCCUUGUCGGGUGGGGUCGACUCGGCCGUGGCGGCGGCUCUUUUACAGGAAACCUACGGCAGCAGCAACAAUUCCGACAUUGGUAGCGCGGUACUACAAACCGUGCACAUGUCCAACUGGAAUUCCAAUACACAAGACGACGAUUCCAUCGCGUCGUGUACGUCGGAACAGGAUUGGAAGGAUGCGACGGCGGUCGCGGAGCACUUGCGACUCAACCUGACACGACAGCACUUUGAACGUGAGUACUGGAAUCAAGUCUUUGAACCGUACGUGAACGAUAUUUUACGGGGAACUAUGGGCAAUCCCGACAUUGGCUGUAACGUGCACGUCAAAUUUGGUGCCUUGCGCGAGUUUGCCGACUGGGUAUUGCGUUGGGGAUGGGACCAGCCUCCAUCGCCGCACUACUCGCACCACAAUCAUCAGUACCAGACGCCUCCUCCCUUGCUAUUAGCCGCCGCGGAUCCCAGCAAAGAUCAAUCCUACUUUUUGUCAGCCUGUGCCGGAUACCAGCUAUCAAACGUGCUCUUUCCUCUGGGGGAGUAUUACAAAAAGGAGAACCCUUCGAACGACGGGAAACCCACCGUGCGACAGCUUGCGAAGGACUAUAAUUUACCCAACGCUAACAAACGUGAAAGUAUGGGUAUUUGUUUCGUCGGCAAACGCCAAUCGGGUUUCGGAGACUUUCUACACGAAUACUUGCCACAUCCGUUACGUCCGUUGCAAUUCGUGGACGUCGAUACGGGUGCGGUACUCCCCGCGCCGACACCGAAAAACGCCCACGCUGUACUCUACACCAUAGGUCAAGGGGCCAAGAUUUCCGGCGCGUCGGAGAAGUACUUUGUCGUGGACUCGGAUGUCGCACAGAAUCGCGUCUUGGUAUGUGCCGGUACGCAUCAUCCCGCACUGUACGCCGAUUCAUUGGUGCUAGAAACCGUGUACUGGACGGCGGGAGAAAUGCCGGGACCGUUGCAGAAACGCGGUCGAUUGCGCUUACAAUGUCGCAUUCGACACUUGCAGCCACUGAUAGAUUGCGAAUUGCGGGUGGAAUUGGACGGAUCAUUGACGGUUUAUUUCGACAAGGCUGUACGUGGGAUCACUCCGGGUCAAACGGCCGCUUUCUACGCCUUGGACGGACUUCUCUGCCUUGGUGGUGGCCCGAUCGAGCGGCGU